UAAACUUUAGCUAUGAGCCAUAAGGUUCCAUUACCGUCAAAAUUAUAAUAGUGAAUAAUGAUUAUACGUCUGUGCCAGCACAAUUUUCAUAUAUUUGACUUUCUAAUAUUCAGUGCCGCCUUAACCAUUCUCAUCUACAUUCUACUGCCUCAUCGAUUUGCCCUGAACUAUGACUACAUCAAGAAAGAGCGAAUGGAGGAGGCGUUGCUCGCAAUUACCACGCCUAAUAUCUCAUCUCAACAGGCGAUCGAUUGCAGCUACAAGGAGACGAUAGCCGACAGCAAAUUCGUCUACGAUGCAUUCCAUAGGGAGAAAAUUCUUCGCGGUGAAGAAAUCCGAUUGGGCGGGGAAUAUCAGCCAGAAGAAUGCCGCGCUCGAUACAGCACUGCUAUAAUUGUGCCGUAUCGGGAUCGGCAGGAGCAGCUGGCUGCCUUCCUCAACUACAUGCACAAUUAUCUGCGUCUUCAGCAAAUCCAUUAUCGGAUUUUUGUUGUGGAGCAAAGUGAUCGCAAACCCUUUAACCGGGCCAUGCUCUUUAAUAUAGGCGCCAAAGUAGCGAGCAGCUAUGGUUAUCCCUGCUUAAUACUGCACGAUGUCGAUCUGAUGCCACUCAACUCCGGUCAGCUCUACGCAUGCACAACUCUCCCCAGGCAUAUGAGCUCAGCUCUGGAUAACUGGCGCUUUCACUUACCUUAUCGCACGCUCUUUGGCGGCGUCGUCGCCAUAAGCACUUCCCAGUUCAAAAUGAUAAACGGCAUGUCCAAUUUGUAUCAUGGUUGGGGAGGUGAGGAUGAUGAUCUGUAUGAGCGCCUGCAUGUACUCAGUAUAGAAAUUUGUCGGUUUGCUCCGGCGUACAGCGAAUAUACAAUGCUCAAACACAAACAAGAAACACCAAAUAAAAAUCGGAUGGCACUGCUCCGAUCUGCCUCACUGCGUAUGCAUACCGAUGGUCUCAAUUCGUUGGUUUAUAAGGAAGUAGAACGCAAAAUGCACAGCCUCUUUACGCUUAUCCUAGUCGAGACAUAGCUCUUCAUCAAUCGAUCGUAAAUACUUGGCUACUGGGUUGGCCCAAAUGUAACUUAGGUUUUAUAGGCGUAGGCGAAUCUCUGUCACCCCAGCAAAUGGCAAUUACAUGUGUUGAUAUAUGUUUAU